AUAAGGCGUACGGUCACGAAGAAACCACGAGAUACUACCGAUGAUGAGGAAAUAUAUGUGGUGUAAUCUUAAUUUAGUGGACAAAGCGGAGGACAUAGGCAUAAAUAUGGCAAAAUUUGUUGGUUAACUAUCUUGAAAUCGAUAAAUACUUCUUUAUUUCUUGAAGUGCUCCUUGUUGUAAUAGUUUUUCAAAAGAGGCAUCAUGUCUUCAGUUGGGAGCAAGGCUGCAAAAAAGAAUCAAAAACGUGCAGAAAAACGAGCCAAGGAAAGAGCUCUAAAGUUGAAGGAAGAUGGUGUGAUUGAUCGUCUCAAGAAUGAAAGUAAGGAUUCUCACACAGGAAACAUGAAAUUGUUAGAUCCUGUUGAAGAACUGAAAGCAAAACUGCAAGAGGCAAAAGAUAAGCAGGAUCAUACACAAGCAGCCAGAUUGCGAAGGAAUUAUGGAUUAUGCAAGAUAAAAUGGCAGGAUUUGCUCCACCAGAAGAGGAAGUCACGAUCUGAUUUUGAAACCAACACAGAUUCCAGUUCAACAUUCACAAACAAUCAGGAAACGUCGAGAGAAAAAUCAGAGAAACGACUUCGUGGUUUAAGGAAGAAACUUGUUCAGAUUGAGAAACUUAAAAUGAAACGUGAAGAAGGAGAGAUAAUGGAAGAUCUUCAGAUUGCAAAGAUACAGAUGGAGGAAAUGAUCUUGAAAGAAAUUGGGGAAAUCGUGGAACUUUUGGGUUAACUGUGGAUUCCAACAUACAAAGAUGUACAGCGUCUCGUACCAUCUUACUCUUCAAAACGAAAUGAAAUUAACCUUCAUUCAUGCACAGACAAUUGAACACUGAACUUAUGAUGUGUUCAAAGCAAAACUUUGAAAAAUCUUGUCGACAAAAAACUCGCCAUGUUCAACGUCGGCAGCCAUGAUGAGAUGAAUAACAUUUGCUUUUCAACAUGUUCAUAUCAAUGCAAAGUUUCCAUCCACUCCAUAGCUGUCGCUGUAACGUGAAUUAACAAUUUUAUAAUCAAUUGUUAUAACGUCCAAACAGAUUUAAAUAGAGAAUGAAAUGCUUUGCUUACAACCCAAGAAUCUUCAACUGGAAAAAAAAAUUUGUUCGCGACGACAUUUUCCAGUUGCCCAGCAAAAAAAUGUAAAAUGUAGUAGCGAUAACACUGAGGAAAUUAUAAAGACCUUCACUAUAGUUUAUUAUAGUAAAAAUCAUUUCUUUCUUUCGAUGGUCGCUAUUGUUGGAAUAAAUAAAAUUUCCUCUUUUGUGUGGAACAUCAACA